GCUGCUCUCAAAACAUUCAGUUCCGUCCAGUAUUAAGGACCUUCUUUACACACAGUUCAUAAGUGCCUUCUUUACACUCCGCGCACAGAAGAGUUCCAUACUCAGUAUUCCCAAGAUGGAAGUUUUUGAACCAAUCAAUGUAUCCGAUUUCGGAAACUCGUCUCCUGCAAAGCAUGAUGGAAAUACGACCUCGCUUUGCACAUGGUAUCUGCCGCCAUUUGAAUGGCUCAAACUCGUCACGCUUUUCGCCGGGGUGGCCGGGAACGGUCUAACAGUGGUCGCCAUAGCAACGGACAGGAAACUCCACACGAAGACCUACGCAACCAUUGCCGCCAUUGCUAUGGCAGACUUUGUGUACUGCACUAUGGCUGUCCUAUGGAGCACGCUGUUGUUUGCUUACCUUGACUACUCCAACUACCGGCAGUACCGGAAGUGCAUCAACGACUUCCUGUUCCUGUUAAUGAACACGGUAGUUGGUGUUCUUUUCUCAGCCUCCUACAUCGCCUCCAGUCUUUCAGUCUCCCUCCUCUCCAUCGUUCGAUUCGUCAUCCUCUCUCUUCCCCUCAAGGCCAACACUAUUCUCCGGAAAUCUUCCCUCGUCUUCAUAAUCAUCCUGAUCUGGUUCCUCUCCAUCGCUCUGGCCGUCUGCAAGAUUAUCCCUUUACAGUCCAUCUCCCGGAAAAACAUCAACCUUGUCGACGUCUUCUUCACCUUCAUUGUUCCGCUCCUGACAAUCAUUAUCUUCCAUGGAAUGAAGAUCUUCACUUUGAAACAGUCCGCGUAUCGAAAGACGGAAGUGAAGAAGAUGGAACGCCUCGUCGUCGCCAUCAUCCUCCUCUUCUUCGUGUGUAACUUGCCGUGGCAGGUUCUACGUCUACUCGCUCAGUACAAAGUCUUUGUCCCCGGGUACCUGCUGCAAACUACGAUGGGAUACCUCCUUCAGUUCAACAACUGUGUAAAUCCAGUGUUCUAUGCCUUUCUUUCACCACGAAUUCGGCACAGUAUUUGCAUUCUGUUUUGUCGAUUUAGAGCCAAUCAGUGAUUUGUUCGCAGAGACAUGAAAUUGUUGAGAAAAUUUUGUAUAUUUAUAACAAAGAUAUACGAGGUAGUCUGUCCUCCAUGAGGUUCAUUUUGUGUAACUUUUCCUAACUGUCCUCCAUGCGGUUCAUUUUGUAUAACUUUUCCUAACUCUAUAACCCUUAUAUUUAUAUAUGUUUACCUCUGAUCAAUUUAUAUGUAUAUCAUAAUGUUUUUUGUCCUCAUGUACCAUAUGUUUGAAAUGGUUUUAAGCGAAUAAAUGAACUGAACUGAACUGACGUUACCUAAACAUGGAAAGGCUUGCAAGCGGCUAAUUUUUUUUCGAUUGUAUUGAUAAGUUGAAGUGACGAUCGAUCAAUUGAUCUAUUUAUAUUUUAAAGAUUGGUAAUUGAGUUAGUUAACGAUUGACAGGAUGGUUUUAAUUGAUUGGUGAAUUGAUAAGUUUAUUGACUUGCGGAUUCCGUGAUUGAUUGACUGAUUUCAUUAUUGGUUUAUUGACAAGAUGAAUUGAUAAAUUAAAUUUAUUGAUAUUGCUGAUUUUGUGAUUGAUUUAUUGAUUCCGUGAUUGAUUUAUUGACAGGGUGUGUGUGAUGGAACGAUUGAUAUUUUCCUGUUUUACGUCAUCAUAAAAUCUUGUUUAUGACGAAGCCUUUUGAAACGACGUCAUAUUUUUUUUCAGCUGACAUCAUAUAGCUUCAUAACAGCACUGUAUACCAUACAAUAAGUAAAGGUUUACCAAUAAAGAAUGGACGGCUGGAACAAAGCUAAGAUUCACUCAGUAUGACAAACUGAGAACGUAAUUAAUCCGCUUUUUCAUUGGCUGGUCCAAAUUUUUGAGCCAAUGAAAUGUAGAUAGCCUUCGUUUCUUAAAGAUGACGGUAGAAAAUUUGAUUUCACUGUUAAAAUACACUUGCAAAAGUUCUUAAUUUAAAAAUAAAUUCCAAAAAUUUAGAGCAUCAGUUACUAAAAAACAUCAAGCGAAAGGUCUUCGUUAUGAAUGGUCAUGUUCUAAGUAAAUUUAAUUUUGAUCUAAUGAAUAUUACGUAAUAUUCACGUAAUUUUCGUUGCUUUGGUCGAGGAUAAAGAAACAUGCAUUGGUUUACUCGGCUAGAACAAUGGAUAGCUCACAAUUUGUAUCUGUUAAGUUUGUAGUGUGAAAUAUUUCUCGAAAACAAUUACAUGUGUAUGAACAUAAUUAAGAUGUAUGGACGUCAAAAAUAAAUAAAUGUCCCCUAAUUUGUGAAACUAAUGUUAUGUCGCGGCAUGUACAUGAACAUUUUAUCUUGAUGUCCGAUUUAUCCUUCAUCUUUAUAAUUCUUAUAUGUAUAAUUGUUUAAUUUUGUUAUCUUUGCGGUAAAUUCGAACAGUCAUAUUUCAUGAUACCAGCAUAUGUCUUUUUACUUUGAAAUUUAGUUGUUGUUGGUCAAUGUUGAUUAU